CACACGGCGGUCGCGCUCGAGCUGCGGGGUUGCUGGAAGCGGCCCAUGAUCCAGACGCAGCGGGCCCCGAAGGGUUUCGAGCUCGCGGUCGAGGUGGACGAGGGCGCCAGAAACAGGCGCGAUCAGCUGGUGGCCACCCUGCCCUGGCUGCCACCUGACCAGGGCCUCGAGGGCAGCGUCGAGGGCUGGUCCAGUCAAGCCGAGGAGGCCCUGCAGGCCAUGCACGGGAUGCCCGACAGCCAGGCCCGCUACUACAAGGGCAGGGCCAGGGGCCCCUGGACGAUCACCGCCCCGCUGGCGGCCACGGCCCAGGAGGGCCGCCCCGACAGGGCCUCGGAGGCCGCCCACCUCUGGCUCUCCCUGCGCAACCUGGCCAAGCGCAGGUGGGACCUCGGGCCUCUCGGGCCAGACGCCCCGCCCGAUGGCUACAGGGGCUUCCGGGCACAGAAUACCACCGUGUUCGACGGCACUGUCUUCAGCAGUUUCUGGGGCGAGAUCGGCCUCCAGUCCGAGAAGGGCUGUGGCCUCCUCGCCAUGAUAGAGCAGAUUGUAGCCAAGCGCGCCAAGGACGGCGCCGAGGCCAGCAAGAUAAAGUGGGGCGAGUUCUCGGAGCAGGCAUUCGAGCGGCAGGGCCCCCUAGCCCACGAGGUCACCAAGAAGACCCACGGGGGGCCCGCUCCAGCUCUGGAAGCAGGCUCUGCCGACCUGGCGCUGGUAGGCCAGCCUGCGCUCGAGAAGGCGUUGGCCGACUGGCCCCCGCUCUGGUCGGACCCCAGCCGCUUUGCUCAGGGGCGCCCUGGCCUCUGGAGCGUCGGUGAGUGGUCGACGCAGCCCAUCGCGGUCGAUGACAUCAGGCUGGCCGCGCGCGAGUUCCCCAGGACCGCGGGGCUUGGCUGGGGCAGUUUCCACCCGAGGCUGCUGCUGGAGGUCGGCGACGACAUCCUGCCCAGACUGGCCAGCCUGCUCAACUCUUGGGAGCGCAAUCCGCGCUGCGGCGAGCUUUGGGCGCGCGUCGGCACCUGCCUCAGCGAGGCCGUCGUGGCCAACGACACGGUGAUCGCUGGCUGCUCUUGCGCCACCGCGCUGGCCAAGCUCCUCCCCCUCUCGGCGCUGCGGGCGGCGGCGGCGGCGGCGGCGGCGCCCGUCGCCGGGCUGCUCGGCGCGGUGGGCGGCGUCUCGGCCCGCGUCGCGGGGCCGCUCGCUAUGGCGGCGCAGCAGCUCGGCGCGACCCGCAAGGCUUUCUGCGCGAAGGUGGAGGAGGCCAAUCUGCCGCUCAGCAGGCACAAGACGAAGGCGCUAGCCACCAGCAAGGAGCUGCGCCAAGCGUUGAUGCGGCAGCCUGGCUGGGACCUGGCCCCCGAGGACUUCGCGGACGUGCGCGGGGAUCUGGGCGGCGACGCCGUCUCGGGGCCCUACCGCCGAGUGACCACCUCGACCAGCCGAGAGAGGCUGGCCCGCGCCCAGGGAAGGAAGCUCACCAGGCUCUUCCGUCCAAGCCUUGAUCGGGCCCGAGUCUUCCGAGCGGGGCCUGCGGCCAAGGCAACCUGUGGCUCGGCCGUCAUGGGAGUCCCCAGCGGCCGCCUGCGCCAGCUCAGGGCCGGCGCGACCAAGGCGCGCGGCCGCCUGCCUCGCGGGGCGGCCCUGGGGCUGGCCAGCCUGGCGCAGACGAGCGGGUGGAAGCGCGACCCGCUGACCAUCAUCACAAGGACGGCGCUCACGGCCUACGUCGAGAUGGUCUGGGCCUCGCUGCUGCCAGAGGCGGCUGCCCGCUCCUGCUUGACCAGGGGAUUGGCCAUCGCCCAGAAGCCGCAUCCCUGGCGGCUGGUCAAGGAGCCCAACAGCGCGCUGGUGCUCACCUUGGCGCGCGUCGGCUGGGGCUUCAUCCAGAGCGACCCCUACAAGAUCCACGACGCCAAUGGCGGCGAGUACGAUGUCAGGAGGCACUCGCCCGCCUUUUUCGGCAACAGAAUUGCACAGGACUGCCGAGCGGCCAUCGGCCUGGAAGAGGUGGCCAGGCAGGGCCCCAGCAUGUGGGGUUGGCGGGUCCCGCCGUUCUGGCAGCCGAUCAUGGACCUGGCUUGCCACCGCUCCGAGGUGUGGGACCAGCGCCACCAGCGGGCGCUGCGCAGCCUCGUCCAGAACACCUACUGGUGCCAGGCCAGGGCUGGAGCGGUGGACCCGUCGGUGCCGACCAGCUGCCUGCUCUGCGGCUACACGGGCGGCUCGCUGUACCACAGGAGCUUCCAGUGCGAGGCGCACGCGGCACGGGGGCGCGACUACCUGCAGGAACCGCUGCGGCAGGCGGCGGAGCAGGUCAAGGGCCAGGGCUACCUGUUCACCGAGCUGUUCGCCAGGGGCCUCUUCCCCGACGCUUCGGUGCGGCAGCCUCGCCCUGGCACGGACUACUUCCAGAGCUCGACCAGCCGGCGCACGUCCGGGCCCCACCUUGACGGGCAUCGCGUUUUCGUGGACGGCUCGGGCCUGGACCAGGCGCACCCGCGGCUGCGCGCGGCGGGCUGGUCGGUAGUGGUCCACGAUGCGGGCCGCAGGCUGGCGGCCGAAGCCCAGGGCGCCGCCCCGAUCCAGGAGGCGCCCGAGCAGCUGGCCAGGGGCCGGGGGGACUGCGCGGUGAAGGUCCUCACGGACCAG